CGUCAUGGCUCGCACACCGGAGUCAUUCCCUGCUCCGUCGCCAGCGGAUCCUGCGUCAGAUAUCGCGCUCGACUCCUCGGUGGUUGGAGGUCCUCACCCAGGGGCUGUCGCGUUAUCAUUUCCGCCAUCCCAGCCUCUGAGCGACCGUCUUCGCGUACAUGAAGGCUCAGCAUCUGCUCCCGCUAUGAAAGCCGGACAGUAUACUCCUGAGCAGCAGGGUACUGACGACCUGCGGCUCUGCAAUCGAGAUGCCGUCAUCAUCGGAAUGGAAUUCGUACUAAGGUAAAGCCAUCGGAGAACCAAUGAAUACAGCCACCCGCGCAUAUAGAGAAGCACCAUUGACGUAUACAAACAGGAUAGAAGAACCUUGCUUGGACCACAUCCACGGCAACCCCGCAACGCCCGACGAGCCCAACGGCCACGCACUCACGACGUCUGCGCGACUGCUUGCAUGUUCCAGCCUGCCUGGCCAGACGCCCAGCUCUGGGCCGACGGCCACCCUAUCGUAUUCUGACAGUCCGACAAUGCUGUUGGAGCGACUUUUGAGCCUUGCCCCGGACCUGUCCACCCACGGAGAGGUCACGCCCAUCCAGGCCUGGAACGAAAUCAGGUAUCACCCGGACUUUGAAGGGCUCGACGUGGGAGUCGUACAUACACUGGCGGACAAGUUGAAACAGGCAGCCAAGUGUCACGGAUUUGGCGCCACCAUCCCACAGCCCGUCUUCACAAAGCUGAUGUGCGACACGUUGAUACGGGGACAACCCGGUGCUCGGGCGACACCUCGAGAUUGCAACCAAUACCACCCAACCAUAUUACCGCAUGCUUUUGCUUCUACAAUAGAGAGACUGCGCAAUGAUCUAGACGCCCAGCGGUAGUAACGUAAGAUUUGUUGGCUCAUAGCUCAUGUUACACCCGGAGAGGAUGCAGGUGAAGGCCGGAGCGAAGCCUAGUCUGCUGUCCAGGUCGGCAAUGG